ACAACGGUUGAGUAGAACGUUCGUCCGUCGCUUGCGCACAAGCAAUUUGCAUGAAAUCGCGUUUAUUCAAUUACAAAUUAUCUUAUUACGGACGUUCGGCCCUUGUGUGUUCUGAACUGUUGUGUUGAUACUAAGAAGAUGGCUGUUCUAACGAUCUGAUUCGUAAAUUGUUAUAGUAAAAAAUAGUUUUAAAGUCAACGGUCUGUGUCUGUUAUUUGCUAAGCUUAUUUUGUUUUGUUAUUAUUUUCGAAGAGCACUAAAGAAUUCUCAAAAUGAAGUCGAUAGAGAAUAAAGAAGAGGGAUCGGACGAAGAAUCGGGACUGGGAUACCAGAACACAUUGAUGUAUGGUCGCUAUCAACGCGACCUCAGCGAAGCGGCAAGAGAAGAAGCAAGGAGACUCCGUAGACUGCGCAAGAAGAGACGCAGAGACGACAAACUCCGACAAAAGGAGCUGGAGGCUACCGGGAAACCGCGACCCAGGGGGAAGUUCUUUAAAGUUUUAGGCUACAUAUGGAGACACACGUUCGCUCGUUUAGGCGAAGACUGGAUCUUUCUCGCCGUUCUCGGUAUAAUCACGGCUAUACUUAAUUUCGCCAUGGACAGAGGGAUCGCUAUCUGCAAUAAUGCUCGCAUGUGGAUGUACAAUGACCUGGCAACGUCCACGUUCAGUCAGUACGUGGCUUGGGUGUCUCUGCCCGUAUGCCUGAUACUAUUCGCUGCUGGCUUCGUGCAUAUUGUUGCUGCACAGAGCAUAGGUUCAGGCAUACCGGAAAUGAAGACGAUUCUCCGAGGUGUCCACCUAAAAGAAUAUUUGACCUUCAGAGCACUCAUAUCCAAGCUCAUCGGUCUCACUGCCACAUUAGGAUCUGGUCUUCCACUAGGGAAAGAAGGACCGUCAGUUCACAUAGCUUCAAUGGUGGCCACACUGCUCUCCAAGCUGGUGACCACCUUCCAAGGGAUCUACAGUAACGAGUCUCGGAACAGCGAGAUGUUGGCCGCAGCUUGUGCUGUCGGCGUGGCCUCAUGCUUUGCUGCACCUGUUGGCGGCGUGCUCUUCUCCAUAGAAGUCACGACGACGUACUUCGCUGUGAGGAACUAUUGGAGGGGAUUCUUUGCGGCCUGCUGCGGGGCUAUCAUGUUCAGGCUUCUGUCGGUUUGGUCUGGCGCUAUGCCGACUAUCAAACCCCUGUUCCCAACGAAUCUGCCUCAGGACUUUCCUUUCGACCCUCAGGAGUUUGCCGUCUUCGUUCUGCUUGGUGUGGUGUGCGGUCUCUUAGCCUCUUUAUGGAUCUGGUUGCAUCGGCAGUACGUUUUGUUUAUGCGAAACACAAAAACCUUAAGCAACUUCUUGCAGAAGAACCGUUUCAUAUAUCCCGGCUUCAUAACUCUGGCCGUGAUGUCGAUACUGUUCCCGCCAGGCAUCGGGAAGUACAUGGCAGCAGAUCUAGGGAAUCAGGAACAGGUGCUGUCCCUUUUCGCGAACUUCACUUGGUCCGAUGAGUUGACCGCGGAACAAGCCUCAAUAGUGUCUCAUUGGAGGACACCCGAAGUUGAAUAUUGGGGGUGCCUCAUCAUCUUCUUCUUUUCUAUUUUCUUCCUGAGUAUGGUCUCUUGCACUCUCCCAGUUCCGGCGGGCAUUUUCGUGCCGGCUUUCAAAAUGGGAGCUUCGUUGGGACGGUUCACGGGCGAAGUUAUGCACUACUUCUGUCCGCUCGGCGUGGCUUAUGGAGGACACAUCCAGAAGAUUCUACCCGGAGGGUACGCGGUCGUCGGAGCCGCGGCCUUCACAGGCGCCGUCACGCACACCGUCUCCACCAUUGUCAUCGUCAGCGAAAUGACCGGACAGGUAACUCAUCUCCUCGGCAUAAUGGCGGCGGUUUUGGCGGCAAAUGCAGUGGCGGCUCUGCUCGGACCUUCCUGCUUCGACAGUAUCAUUCUCAUCAAGAAGCUACCCUACCUACCCGACCUGCUUUCCUCUGCUAGUCGUAUGUACGACAUUUGCGUGGAGGACUUCAUGGUGCGUGAGGUCAAGUACAUAUGGAACAGAAUGACCUUCCAACAACUGAAGGAUCUCUUGAAAGAGAACAAGGCUAUAAAGAGUUUCCCGCUGGUGGACAGCCCGGCGUCGAUGGUGCUGCUGGGGUCCAUCCACCGCUGGGAGCUGGUGCGCGUCAUCGAGCGGCAGGUGGGGCGCUCGCGGCGGCUGCAGGUGGCCGCGCAGUGGCACCGCCGCGCGCUGCAGGACGAGGCCCGCGCCCGCACCAGGAGACCCUCCAGAUUCGAGGUGACUCCGGCUCCGGACAUGCUACACGCGCCGGGGACCGGCAUGACGCGAGGGUCCUCGCUCACCACCAAGGACCAAGGAGGACUACUGCCAUCUCCCGGUCAGCUGUUCCGGCCCAAGUCCAUCCUGAAGAAGACGAACUCGUUCACGUUGACGCGCGGGCUCGCCUCCCCGCCCCCGCAGGCGACCACCCCCUCCCCCGCGUCCUCCCCGGCGCAAGUGUACAGCACCGUCACCGGAGCCGAGACCAGGAUCCGCGCGGCCUUCGAAGCCAUCUUCAGGCGGUCGACGCUGCUGCAGGACGUGGAGGGAGGCCUCUCCGACCAGCUCACCCCCGGACUGCCGAGGAGUCCCUCCAUCAACAAGAAAGUUCAACUGCCCCGCGAGCGAGUCUGCGACAUGUCCCCUGAGGACCAGAAAGCCUGGGAGCAACUAGAGAUGGCUAAAGAAAUUGACUUCGAUCGGAUGCUUGGCAUCGCCAGGAAACGAGACCUGCUGCCCGAGGACUCGGAGUACGAGGACGAGACGCUGUACAUCUGCCACAUCGACCCGGCGCCCUUCCAGCUGGUGGAGAGGACUUCUCUACUCAAGGUCCACUCGCUGUUCUCCACGCUGGGGGUGAGUCGCGCCUACGUCACGGCCAUCGGCAGACUCAUUGGGGUCGUCGCGCUCAAAGAGCUCCGAAAAGCGAUCGAAGACGUGAACAGCGGCGUGCUGACGGUCGCCACCCGGCCCUCGCCCCCCACCACCCCGCUGCCCACCAUCAUUAAGGUGCCCUCGACCCAACCCGCGCCGCCCUCCGACAGCGAAACCGCCAAACUAACGACGUCGGAAAAGGCAUAAAUUAAUAAACCGAAAUAAAUUUGAGAGCCACUGGCUGUGAAAUUGGUUGAGAAACAUUGACCCUUUUGUUGUACUAUACGUAGUACAGUGGAUAGGGGAGAAUCGGGACGCUUUUCAAUUCCAAAAAAAAUAAUUUCAGCGAUUUUUCUUAGGGUAAUACCAAUAAAAUUGAGAUUAAAAUGCUUCCGGAGGCUAAAAUUUUUAUAUACGAUGCAUUAUUAUUAUAGAUAGUUCAUUAAAAAUAUACACAAAAACUUAACAAGCUAGCUUGACCUGAUCCACCUUGGCUUUUGGGUGAAUCGGGUCACGUAUGGGAACAAAAGAGUUUUUCGUUAGGGCUGGCACUGUUUAGUUGUUAGGUAGGUACUUACCUUCGGGUAAUUAACUAUUCAAUAUCUUUAAUCAGUUACAAAACUCUGAUGAAUAAAUUAAAUUAUUGUAAUAUUCUCAAACACUAAAUAAAA